UGACCAAUAGCAAGUUGUAUUCCUGCGCAGGCGCAGUUUGCCAUGCGGUCCACAUGACCCUGAGCGGUCAGGACGAUGUGGUGCGUGUCCUCUCAGAGCAGGUGUUUACACUCCUCGUUAUGUUUGAUGAAGAAGUUAAAGGGUAAGACAGCGGCCGAGCAGCGCUGGGUGCUGCGCCAGCUCAAAGACCCGUAUGUCAAAGCUUCACACGCCCAAAACUUCCGGUGCAGAAGCGCCUUCAAGCUGCUGGAGAUGGACGACAAGUUUCGGCUCUUGCAGCCCGGACACAGCGUGGUGGACUGCGGAGCUGCACCUGGAGCCUGGAGCCAGGUGGCCGUGCAGAGGGUCAACUCAGCCGGGACAGACCCAGAGUUACCACGCGGCACAGUUGUUGGCAUUGAUCUGCUGAACAUACCACCUCUGGAUGGUGCCCACUUUCUGCCAAGUCAUGAUGUCACUGACCCCGCCACACAUGCCAAGCUGCUGGAUCUCCUCCCCAAUGGACAGGCUCAUGUCAUCCUGAGCGACAUGGCGCCCAACGCCAGCGGUUUUCGAGAGAUGGACCAUGAGAAACUCAUCAUGAUGUGUUUGUCUUUGAUAGACUUGGCUGAGAAGAUUUUACAGCCAGGGGGCUCCCUGGUUUGUAAAUACUGGGACGGGAGCCUCGCUCAUAAACUCCAGGAGAAACUCUCGAGUGUGUUUGGUAGUGUUCGGACUUUGAAGCCAAACGCGAGCAGAAAGGACUCUGCUGAGAAAUAUUUCUUUGCUAGAAUGUACAGGAAGCCAGUCAAAUGAUCAUAGUUUUUUAUUUAUUUUUCUAUGUAUUUCAUCCUUAAAUGAACAAUCUAUCCAGUUUAGAUGUUUUCUGGAGAUUCACCUAAGUGCACAGUGUGCUUUUGAUGAGCGAACAUGAAGGAGAGGCUUACUUAAUAACUUUGAUCAAAAGGUGGCACUGUUGGGGCAUCAGUACGGCUCACAGCUGCAGGCACAUUACAUACUGCUGGUGCUGAUUUCUGUCAGACUUAACACAGUAGCAGCAGUAAAUCUCUCAUAUGUAAACCUAUGCAAGAAUCAUCAGAGUGAUAUUCCUCAAGAGCCCAAUGUUGUGUUUUCUCUCAAGUUAUUGUUUGCCCCGGAGUGUUUGUUCUCCACAGACAGUUUGGUAUUUGCUUUGUUACAGAAAGUCAUUUACCAGCGCUGCUUAUGCUAAUAAUUUGCACUGCCAGCCAUGUAGAAAUAUGUAAUCAUUCUCUCAUUGAGAGCUUAUGAAGGAAAAAAAAAACCCUAAUACAUAAGAG